AUGGACUUCAUACUAUUGCUGAUAAGAAGGCCUUUAUGGGAAGAAUUAGAAAGGCUUGUUAGGAAUACAAACGAUCCUAUGAUUUGUAUUGGUGAUUUCAAUGCAGUGCUGAGUGCUGAAGAUAUAUUGAAUGGAGUAGCUAUCAGUGAGCAAGAAACUCAAGAUUUUGUGGAGUUUAUGAAUGCAUCUCAUAUGUUGGAAGCUCCUUCAUGUGGGCUGUUUUACUCUUGGAGUAACAAAGGACUUAGUAGUCUAAGAAUAUGUAGUAGAAUUGAUAAGGUUGUAAUUAUUGAUAGCAUGCUGGAGCUUUUCCCUGAGAUGAUGGUAAAAUACCAACCUUGUGGUAUCUCUGAUCACACUCCUUUGGUUGUUACCUUCCCGCCAGCAUCCCAGGUGAAGGGUAGGCCUUUCAAGUUCCUUAACAUGCUUGAUGAUGAUAGAGGGUUCCUUGAUGUUGUGACUGAAGCUUGGAGGACUGCGAAUGAUCAUCAUCAUAUGAAGAAAGUCUGGAAAGGGUUACAAACAGUCAAAAGAGCUCUGAAAAAUCUUCAGAGUACUCACUAUUCCAAUGCUCAUGGUAAGGUGGAGGAUAUUAGAGUGCAGCUCCAAAUGCUUCAAAAUGACAGGGCUAUGAAUGAUGAUUCUCAAUUGCACCAGGAGGAGAAAGAGUUAAUAAAUAGCCUUAGACAUUGGUCUAAUGUGGAAGAUAGUAUUGUUAGGCAAAAGGCCAGGAUUGACUGUAUGACUAAAGGGGAUGCCAACACCAAAUUCUUCUUCACUGCAGUCAAGAUUCGCCAAGCUAGAAACAGAAUUGGGAUGUUGCAAAAUGCCCAAGGUGAGACCCUUACAUCUACAGAGGCAAUUACAGAGGAGCUAGUGAAAUUUUAUAAGGUCUUAUUGGGUUCUUAUGCUCCUAGAUUGACAGCUAUUGGUUUAACUACACUCAGGGCUGGCCCAGUUCCGACCCUUGACACCAGAGCUUCUCUUAUCCACCCAAUGACUUCUGAGGAAAUUGAUAGAGCUUUGCAUGGCAUAGAUGACAACAAGGCUCCUGGUAUUGAUGGUUUUAAUGCAUUUUUCCUUAGAAAAUGUUGGCAUAUUAUUAAACAGGAUGUUUAUAGUGGAGAAAUGGAGUUUUUUUUAAAAUGCCUACCUUCAUAA